GCGAGCGUGGCAGCAACGGGAGCGCAGUGAGCCCCACCCCCGCCCGCCGCUGAGGAGGACGAAGAGGAGGAUGAAGAUGACUGUGGACUUCGAGGAGUGUCUGAAGGACUCGCCGCGCUUCAGGGCUGCUUUAGAAGAAGUGGAAGGAGAUGUGACAGAAUUAGAACUGAAACUCGAUAAGUUAGUGAAGCUCUGUAUCGCAAUGAUUGAUACCGGCAAAGCUUUCUGUGCUGCCAACAAUCAGUUCAUGAAUGGGAUUCGAGACCUUGCACAAUAUUCCAGUAAGGAUGUACUAGUUGAGAACAGCCUGAUGAAGUUUUCUGAGACCCUGCAGGAAAUGACCAAUUAUCACACAAUUCUGUUUGAUCAAACCCAAAGAUCAAUUAAAGCACAACUUCAGACAUUUGUUAAAGAAGAUAUUAGAAAAUUUAAGGAUGCAAAGAAGCAAUUUGAAAAAGUCAGUGAAGAAAAAGAGAAUGCGUUAGUAAAAAAUGCCCAAGUUCAGAGAAACAAGCAACAUGAAGUAGAAGAGGCAACUAAUAUUCUGACUGCAACACGGAAGUGCUUUCGGCACAUCGCUCUGGAUUACGUGCUUCAGAUGAACGUUCUUCAAUCUAAGAGAAGAUCAGAGAUCUUAAAAUCGAUGUUAUCCUUCAUGUAUGCCCAUCUGACUUUCUUCCACCAAGGCUAUGAUCUCUUCAGUGAACUGGGGCCCUACAUGAAAGAUCUUGGAGCCCAGCUGGAUCGCUUGGCUGUAGAUGCUGCAAAGGAGAAGAGAGAUAUGGAGCAAAAACACUCCACUAUUCAGCAAAAGGAUUUCUCCAGUGAUGACACUAAGCUAGAAUACAAUGUAGAUGCAGCCAAUGGCAUUGUUAUGGAGGGAUAUCUCUUUAAGCGAGCCAGCAAUGCCUUCAAGACUUGGAACAGGCGCUGGUUCUCAAUACAAAAUAAUCAGCUUGUGUACCAGAAAAAAUUCAAGGAUAAUCCUACAGUAGUUGUUGAAGACCUGCGGCUUUGCACCGUUAAGCACUGUGAAGACAUAGAAAGACGUUUCUGUUUUGAGGUGGUCUCCCCAACAAAAAGCUGCAUGCUCCAGGCUGACUCUGAAAAGCUGCGGCAAGCAUGGAUUAAGGCUGUUCAGACCAGUAUUGCUACAGCGUAUAGAGAGAAAGGAGAUGAAUCCGAGAAACAAGAGAAGAAAUCUUUCCCUUCCGCCGGGAGCCUAGAGCCUGGCAGUGAGUCUAAGGAGAAGCUGUUAAAAGGAGAGAGUGCUCUGCAGCGGGUACAGUGUAUUGCUGGCAAUGCCUCCUGCUGCGACUGCGGCCUGGCCGACCCGCGCUGGGCCAGCAUCAACCUAGGAAUCACGCUGUGCAUCGAGUGUUCAGGGAUACACAGGAGUCUAGGAGUCCACUUUUCAAAAGUUAGAUCGUUAACCCUGGAUACAUGGGAGCCAGAGCUUCUAAAGCUUAUGUGUGAAUUAGGGAACGAUGUUAUAAAUAGAAUAUAUGAAGCAAAAGUGGAAAAAAUGGGAGUAAAGAAGCCACAACCUUCAAGCCAAAGGCAGGAGAAGGAGGCAUAUAUCCGAGCGAAGUACGUGGAGAGAAAGUUUGUGGCUAGACACCUGGCAUCAGUGCCUCUUCCUGAGGAUGGAGCAAGUGCUGUGCCGCAGCACCAGGAGGAGAAAAGGCACAGCAGCUCUGAGAGAUCCCCUCAGGCAGACAAACAUGGUGCCACGUCUCCUAAAGUAAGAAGCAAUGACAGUGGGAUCCAGCAGAGUGCUGAUGACAGUAGAGAGCACCUCGCGUCCACCAUAUCCGCUAACAGCUUGUAUGAGCCAGAAGGAGAAAAGCAAGAGGCUUCUGUGCUCUGCGAUUCUAAGCAGCUGCCUCCUGGAUUGCAGCUUUAUCGUGCUGCCUACAAGAAGAACCUUCCUGACAUGGCAGAGGCGUUGGCCCAUGGGGCCGAAGUAAACUGGGUCAAUAUAGCAGAAAACAAAAGCACCCCGUUGAUUCAGGCAGUGCUAGGGGGCUCAUUAGUUACCUGUGAGUUCUUGCUGCAGAAUGGCGCCAACGUGAACCACAGGGACGUGAAAGGAAGAGGACCACUGCAUCAUGCCACAGUCUUGGGACACACUGGGCAAGUGUGUUUAUUUCUGAAACGAGGCGCAAACCAGCAUGCCACAGACGAGGAAGGGAAAGACCCCUUGAGUAUAGCUGUAGACGCAGCAAAUGCAGAUAUAGUAACAUUGUUACGUUUAGCAAAAAUGAAUGAAGAAAUGCGUGAAUCGGAAGGACUUUGUGGACAGCCAGGAGAUGAAAUUUAUCAGGACAUUUUCCGUGACUUUUCCCAAAUGGCCUCCAAUAAUCCAGAGAAGCUAAACCGUUUCCAGCAAUCAGAUUCACAGAAGUCUUGAAUGUCACAUCAGGAAAAGAACUAAACCUGGUCACUUGUUCUCUUAUACGUAUAGUGCAAGCUUUAACUAUAUGCAUUUUGUUAGUAGUCAGUAGUCUAGAUAAAAUGACCGCUCUGAUGUGGCCUGCGGUAGUGGCAGGUCUGGGGAGGAGUGAAGGAUUGCUGACACUGCUGUCCCCCUAAAGCACUUGCCUCUGGAAGGCAAGGGCCAACUUACCCAUCCCCUCCCUGAUUUGUGGUUGCGGGGAGAGAAAUCUGGCAAUCUUUUCCUGAGCUCCCUCCUUCUACAUCUGCCCGUGAUAGAAAAUAUCCUCUGCUCCCCUUGCCAACAGUGCUCACAGACAUGUGCUGCUAACAGGUAAUGAGAGUUGAUGCAAGUUCUGUCACCGCCUUACCUUCCCACCAAUGCAGGCCACUGGUGGUGACUGCUGGUCAGUCACUCUGCGGGUGCACGUGUGAUCUGGAGGAUCAGAUGUUGCAUGGAACAGCUGCAGCCAGGAAGGCUGCCUUUCACCAAGUGGCUCUUGGUAUUGCUCCCAGUUCAGACUGGUUCGAACACUUGCAGGUAAUGCAGCCAUCCUGAAUUCAGCCUGCUCGAUCCCUUACGUCGCAGCACGCUGUAAGGUAGGCAGCAUACACACAUAUGCACGUUCACCCUUUCUAAAUGCAGAACAUUGCAGAGAGACUCCAAGUUGUAUUGCGCUGUUCCUGCAGAGUAACAACGCAUGGCAUUGCCUAAUGGCAUCGUCUUGGCAUCGAGGAGCUUUCUCAGCAAGCCCUGCUCUGCCUUCUGCAGAUAUGCAUGGUGUGUACAGUUCCCCACUUGGAUGUGUGCGUCUGGUGUUUAACGGAUAGAUAACACACACCUGCACUGUUCCUGAUGCUCCGUCUGUCGGGACUUUGAACAGUAAGGCUCAUUUCUAGGGAGCACCAUUAAACUACUGUAAACUUCCUGUGACCUGCUCAAACUAGUUACAGCAAUGUGGUAUCUUGCUGCUGAAACUUAUUUUGGAAAUGAAUUAGGGGUUUAUUUUUGUUUUUAAACAAUUAGUUUAGUUCAGUGUGAGCAGGUAAAUUUGGAAUUAAAAUUAAGUCUUUCCUGGCACAUUUACAUUUAAACUAUUCCAAGAUAUUUACCACUGUGCAUGAAAUAGGUAAUGAAAAAUAACAUCUGUGGAAGGCCCCUGAUACCAGGUUAGAUACUCGCAUUAUACAAAGUGUCUUGUUGAUAAGUAUGCUAAGUAGCUGAGUUUCGCAGCAUAUAAUCUGUGCUUCAUGUGUAGCCUAAUUACUUUAGGAAAAGUAAACUCAGCCCACUGUUUAAACUGCAUUUACUUUGGAAAGUAGUAAGUUUCUUAUUAGACAAUACUCCUUAUAGAUGAGUUUCCUAAGCUUUUAAAUUGGAGUGGCUUCCUGUACAAUGAUAGCAUGCUCAGUGAUUGCUAAUAUUGAAAUAUCCUUGUCUUAAAUUAGGAGGUGUUAGAGAAUGUAAGCUGCUCUGUAGCUGGGACAGUGUGAGAUGCACCGAGUGCACACUGCAGAUGUACAGUCCUGCGAACAUGGUCUUGGCAUUACAGGGGAGGGUGGAUGUACAUUGAGUGUGACGGCUACAGCAAAGCAGUUUGAAGCUUCAGGGCAUAGCUACCCUCUUUCUUUCUAUGCCACAGUAAGACAUCAAGUCUUUUCUCUAAGAUGCCCUGUAUCGGACCUCCACCUUGCACCACAGGUAGCAUUUCCUUUCUAGUCUCAGGGGACCCCCUGUUUAAAGUCACAAGAGGAUUUCCUCUAAAGCAAAGGCCUUUCUCGCCCUGUGGCUGCGUGGGGCGUCUGCUGCACUCUUGGCUCUUGCCUGCCUGGGCAGCACAUGACCUCACUUUUUUGAAAGCAGCAUGCGUUCAUGCGGCGCUGUAACCUCUGCUCUGGCUGGUGCUGACGGUCAGCCUUCCCCACGGCAGGUUCUGUCAGCGUGUCCGGGCAGGAGGCAGUGGGGUUGGACUGGUUUGCAGAGCAGCGCUGGCAGCUCAGACUGCAGUUUUGCUCCCUGACCCCUUAGGUACACAGAUGUGUACCGCAAGACGUGUCUGCCGAGAGAGCAUCUUCUGUCUGAUCAGCCCUGGCAGGAACAGACGCACAGCUUAAUUAAUACAUGUCCACCUCACCAGGUGGGGGUGGCUCCCAGCCCCCCCGGGACGCUGUAGCUUGCGGGAUCAAGAGCACGGCUGAUCCAGGCCUUCAGAGGUCUGCAUCUGCCUCUCAGGUGCCGGCUCGUGCUCCUGUUCUGCUCAGCAGCAGCGGGGAACUUCCACUCCUGCCACAGGUGCAUCUGAAUGUCACUUGAACCGUAUGCAAUAAAAGUCCAUUGUGCGUUGAGCCACGUACCAAAUAAUGGGAGACUUUACAUCCCGUUCAGGCUUAUGCCAUACGGAUGGACUGUCAUUGGCCUUCAUUUGUGCAGAAGGAAGAGGCAGUUGUUUUUUCACAAUUAAAAAAAAAUUGAUUAUAAUAAUCUUCCAACUAUGUGAAUUCCUAGUAGUGGGGUUGCCACUGAAGGAGGGUCGGACCUUCGUCUUGGGUUGAGCUAGCUCAGGUGUUCAGAGACUCGGCACAAAAGAGCACAACCUCCGUUCCCCUGCCCCUCCCUUUUGGAGGUGUAGGUUACUCGCCCAACUUGCUGAUGAAACUUGGGCUACGGUGUCUCAUUAAAAGAUUGGUAUUUGUUUUAAUUGUUUUUAAGGCUUCUUGUUUUGUAUUGGUGUUGGUACAAUGCACAUGAAUUCAGGUAUUUCUGUUCCACACUGCAAUCAUUAUUCUGUUCCCACGAUUUUGAGUGACUCUGGCAGCAGGCCCAAGCCCUGCGUUAGCGUUGCAGGCUGCGCGUCUGGAUGGCCGUGGAGCGCACGCUUCGUUCAGUUGGUCGUGAAUGCAGGUAGAGCGCCGCGUCCUUUCCUGUUCAGCAAGGACCUCCUGCCAGAGCUCGCUGGAAUCGGGGCCUUUCCACGGACUUUGGGAGUUACGGAUUGAUGGCACAGUGAUGAUUUUGAACGUUCUUGGUGUUUUGAAAGAUGCCACAUGAAUGUUGUAUCUUAUCCCCUGCCCGCCUUGAACGUGUAUUUUGAGUUGUUUUAUAUACAGGCAGGGUGGGGCGGUUCCAGGCCCCAACCCUGCAAUGCUG